AUGACCCUUGCUUUUCCUUGCCUGUGCUCUGCUUCUACUUCUGCAAUCAUGAGAAACUCCAAUUCAAUCAUGGUGUUUCUCUUGUUAGCCAUCUUAAGCUUAUGCAAACCAAACUCCUUGGCCUGCAAUGAAAAGGAGAAACAGGCCCUUCUCCGCUUCAAACAAGCUCUCACCGAUCCUGCAAACAGCCUCUCUUCUUGGUCUCUCACUGAAGACUGUUGUGGAUGGGCAGGUGUCCGCUGCAACAACGUGUCUGGUCGCGUAGUUGAGCUCCAUCUCGGUAAUACAUACGACCCUUAUGCUGUUAAAUUCAAUGGCAGGUCUGCUUUGAGAGGUGAGAUUAGUCCUGCUUUGCUAGAGUUGGAACAUUUGAAUUUCUUGGAUUUGAGCACAAAUGAUUUUGGAGGUGCUCCCAUUCCUAGUUUCCUUGGCUCUAUGAGGAGUCUAAGACAUCUUGACCUCUGGGGUGCUUCAUUUGGUGGCCUAAUACCUCAUCAGCUUGGAAAUCUCUCAAGCCUUCGCCACCUCCACCUAGGAGGAAAUUCUGGGCUUUAUGUUGAGAAUUUUAGUUGGAUUUCUCUUCUUUCUUCCUUGGUAUCCUUGGACAUGACUUGGAUUGACCUUCACAGGGAUGCUCAUUGGCUUGAUUCUAUAUGCCGACUUUCUUCUCUUAUAGUACUGGAUCUUGCUGAUAACAGGUUAUCUGGAUUCAUACCGAAGUGCUUGAAAAAUAUCAGUGCAAUGGCUACAAGUCCCAGUCCAAUUGAUGAUAAAUUUAAUGCUUUAAAAUAUCAUAUAAUUUACAUUCCAUACACAGAGAAUAUUUUGUUGGUCAUUAAAGGCAGGGAAUCAAGAUACUGUAGUAUCCUUCCAUUAGUGAGGAUAGUCGACCUUUCAAGUAACAAUUUGUCAGGAGGAAUCCCUUCUGAAAUCUCUAGUCUUUUUGGAUUGCAGUCUUUGAACUUGUCUCGAAAUAAUUUAAUGGGAAGGAUACCAGAGAAAAUCGGGGUUAUUGGAUAUUUAGAGUCUCUAGAUCUCUCGAACAACCAUCUUUCGGGUGAAGUUCCUCAAAGCAUCAUUAAUUUGACAUUUCUUAGUCACUUGGACUUGUCAUACAACAAUUUCUCUGGAAGAAUUCCUUCAAGCACACAGCUCCAGAGCUUUGAUGCUCUUGAUUUCAUUGGCAACCCUGAACUUUGUGGAGCUCCUCUCUUGAAAACUGCACAGAGAAUGAAAAUCCGAAUCCCAGUGAUGAAAAUGGAGACGGCUUCGAAAGAUCAUGGUUUUAUAUUGGUAUGGAGAGCUUGGAGGCAUGCUUACUUCAAGUUCCUUGACAACAUCAAAGACCGGGUUUAUGUGGCAACAGUGCUAAAAUUGAGCUGGCUCCGCUACCAUUUCAGAAGAUACCGCAUCAGUUUGAGAUGUCCAAGGAUCUGCAAACAGCAAAGAAUGGAGGAAAGAGGUAGUGGUGAAUCUUAA